GGUCAAAUUGACUCGUUUUCAGGUCUUGGAAAAAAGAUGGCGUCUCCACACGUACUCAUUAUCGGUGCUGGUAUGAGCGGCCUGACACUAGCGCAACAAUUGAGGAAGAACGGCAUUCCUUUCACGGUGUUCGAACGAGACGCACACAGAGAUGCGCGUGGUCAAGGCUGGGCUCUCUCAUUGUUUGGUGAGGCUUACGGCUUGAUGAAGACCUUGAUGCCCGCGGACUUGGGACCCGUGGAACAGACAAGUCAUUUGCUUCCGCUCAAUCUUCCGCCCCAAUUCUCUUUCUACGACAUCACUCGUCCAGAGUUCCGGGUUGGUGUCAUCGCCGAUGACGAUCUCAAGGUUGUUCGAGCGAAUCGUCGAAGGAUGCGCGAUUGGCUAGAACAAGGCAUCGACGUCCAGUUCAACAAGCGUCUCGUUCGGGUUGAGGAGUACGGCGACAAAGUCACCGCCCACUUCGAAGAUGGCACCUCAGCAACUGGCGAUUUCCUGGUCGGGGCUGAGGGCACGCGAUCAGUCGUUCGUAAGCAUAUUCUUAAGGGACAGGACGUGAUGAGGCCGUUGCCAAUCGGAUCAAUUUUUGGCGAGAUUGAGCUCAGCGGCGACGACUUCUCUCAACAGCUCACACUUUCGCAUUCCAAUUACAUUGUCAUGGACCCUAGACUUGCUACUGAGGAGCAGACAGCCAUCUUCUGCGCAUUGAACAGAGUCAGUCCUGAUGGCAAGACCGGAUACUACUACUUCAUUCUGCUUUGGGUGGACCAGGACGCCCCCAAGCACGCAGGUGAGAAACGUUGGACCGAGCUGGCCUCGCAAGAACAACUAGCAGCUUAUGCAAGAGAGAAAACCAAGGGCUACCCGGACAAGCUCCGCGCCCUGGUCGACAAGAUCCCCACAGAGAGAUACAAUACACCUGGCUUUCAACUUCAGGGGGUGGAUCUGGAUCCUGAGCAGCUCCCAGCUGGAAGGGUGUUGUUGAUCGGCGACGCAGCGCACUCGAUGGCUCCAUGCGAAGGGUUGAAGGAUCUAGUGUCAGGAUUCAACGCAGACAUGAUCGCGCGUGGCAAGGCAGCAUCCUCGGUGUCCAAUGGAGUGCUUGAAGCAUACGGCGAUGAGGCCAAGUUCAUUACAUUUGGCAGGGAGGCAGGGCUGAUGCCUCCGAAGCCAGUGAGUUUGUCGGAAGUGAGUAUUGUAGCUUGA